UUCUGGGACUUUAUCCCGUCUUCUUUCUUUCUACCUCUCCCCCAUUCCUCCCCUCCGCUCGCUGCUCUAAUAUGCGGGCGUUAGCAACGGCGGCGGCAAUUCCUUCUUGCGUCCAAUUCCAUGACUAUUCCCAGGAGCCAGUCCACGGUCUCGGUUUGAGGAGGAGGAGGAGGUGUUAUCCCUGCGCUCGCGUGCCCUCGAGCAGCCGUACUACUCGGUUUCAGGUCUUUCUUAGCCAGAGACCGCCGGACCAUAAUGUCAGGGGACGAGACACGGAUGAGAUGUUCGACGAUUUGUUAAAGAAGUAUGGCAAGGUGGUGUAUGGAAGUGGUGAUCGGCAGCCCCCCAGUGCAGAGUCUGAUGAUGAUGCCGUGAGCUUAUCCUUUGCUGUUACAUUAGCUAAAGUUGCUGAUGAGGUAAAGGCUGCUGAUAUCCGUGUUCUCUUCGUGAAGCCUCUGGUUUAUUGGACCCGGUUUUUUAUCAUUGUCACAGCCUUCUCCCGCCCUCAAAUUGAUGCUAUUGGGUCAAGAAUAAGAGACAUAGCUGAGAAGCAGUUUAACAAAGUUGCAUCUGGAGAUACCAAGCCCAACUCAUGGACCUUACUGGACUUUGGUGAUGUAGUUGUUCAUAUAUUUCUUCCACAGCAACGAGCCUUCUACAACUUGGAAGAGUUUUAUGGCAAUGCCACACCCAUUGAACUACCUUUUGAUAAUCAAUCCCAAUUUCGUAGCUGAGACAAUUUGAAUCGCUUCCAAAGGCAUGAAGCCUCUGAGCAAAAGCAGGUUAUCCUUGUGCUGAACAAGUCCUUUCUUUUGUUAGCCACUUGGGCACCUUCUAAAUCAUCUUAAGGCUGUGGUAGCCUCCUAAUGCUUGAAGUUCCCAGGAAAACAAGGCUUGCUUCUGCUGCUAUUAUCUGUCAAGAGUGGUUUUUUUUAAGAACAACUUAUGUUAAAUUUGAAGAGACAAAGCAGGAUAGUGCUUUUGAUUGCCCAAAUUGAUGAAGGAACACCUCUGAUUACGCAGCCAUUGUACCUGCAUCAGAUGCUUUCAGUGAAAGGAAGGAAACAUAAUUGUAUUUUAAUUAUUUAGCUUAUUAUUGUCUCAUCCGUGCCUUAGAUUGUAUUCAUAUUACUCUGUGAUGCUUUUUAUCCAA